AUGUGCCUCUUCAGCGCUAAAUGUACAUCGGAAGCGAGGUUGGACUCCAAGACGGCUGUAAUCACAGGCGCUAACACAGGCAUAGGAAAAUGCACCGUGCAGGACUUUUAUACGAGAGGAUGUCGUGUCGUAAUGGCGUGCAGGGACGUAGAAAAAGCCAAGCAAGCCGUGAACGAGAUCAAGGACGCUUGCAAAAACCUAGAAAACUUAGGAACGAUUCUAGUAAUAAGACUAGACCUCUCUAGUCUCCAAUCUGUUAGAGCUUGUGCUGAACAGCUUUUAAAAAGCGAAGAAAGGAUCCAUCUGCUCAUCAACAACGCCGGUGUGAUGAUGUGUCCGGAAAGCAGGACUGAGGACGGAUUCGAAACACAGUUAGGCACCAAUCACUUGGGCCAUUUCCUGUUCACUAUGCUUCUUUUGCCCAGGAUCUGCCACAGCGCUCCUGCUAGAAUAGUAAACGUUUCUUCUAUGGCUCAUGACAGUAUCAGAAUUGACCUUGGUGAUUUGAAUUGGGAGAAAAAGACUUAUAAUACUCUUAGCAGCUACCGACAAAGCAAACUGGCUAAUAUUUUGUUCACUAAAGAGCUUGCAAGUAAACUGGAAGAAAGAGGCGUGUCCGGUGUAACUACUUACGCCUUACACCCUGGGGUUAUCCAAACAGAUCUUUGGAGACAUCUAAAGAGUUCAUUUUGGGUGAUAACUUUACUCCUUCGUAUCUUCUCUUGGACUAUAAAAACGCCCCUACAGGGAGCCCAAACCACCAUCUACUGCGCCGUAGACGAAAAUUGCGCGGAUCAAAGUGGACUAUACUACGCAGAAUGCGCUGAGAAGGAGCCUUCGGAGUCGGCUCUGAACGAGGAGGACGCCAAGGGGCUCUGGGAUCUCAGCUGGAAGAUGGUGGGGUUAGACCAACAGUAUGAUCCUUUCUUUACUCCCGCAAAAUAG